GUCGUAUUGUUGUGUUUUUAUGUGGGUGGAUGGGCGGGUCGUAGGUUGCCACCUGUUCAAGAGAACGGUAUAGUUGCAGCCCGAACGUUCAGCCGAGAAUUCGCCACUUGUUGGAUUUUUCUGUGGAUCGUGCAAUCGUAAUCGCAAAACCCGCGUGGGCUGAUCCAUCGGAAUGGUCACAGUGAUAUUUUGAAUGGCCAGAUAUGUUAAAGGAUAAGUUUGGUGUCAGACAUGCUUCACUGACAAGUAAAACAUUUAUGGAGUUUGUUGAGAAAAGAGUUCAUUUAUUUGGAGUGCUAGUUCAUUGGCGUUUCACUGGAGAAUCGUGAUCAGAGAUGCGUUCAGAUUCACGAAACAACGUAGAGGAACCAAACUUUGGGAGCAGCAUAAUGACGGCAGGAGUGACGUGUCGCAAGUCGUCAAGAACGUCCUGUCAACGGGAACUCGAACUUACCGACUCGUCGUCGAUCAGCGAUGAUACGUGCACCGGGUCGGACGGACAAGGUCGGAACGGCAGCGGGACAAUUAGGUCCGGCAACCGGAGGAAGCGCAAGUCCAGUGGCAAAGACAAGAACGUCCGAAGACUAGAAAGCAACGAGAGGGAAAGACUGCGAAUGCACAGCAUUAACGAUGCCUUUCAAUCGCUUAGGGAGGUGAUACCACACGUCAAAAAAGAUCGGCGACUGUCAAAAAUCGAAACGCUCACAUUGGCCAAAAACUACAUCAUCGCCCUGACCAAGAUCAUAUGCGAAAUGAGAGGCGAACUGGACCCGUCCAAGGACGAAGGAUCUGGUGGUGCGUCCUCAGCAGCCACAAACGACGGACCAUCAUCGUCGGUAGCGGCGGCAACAGCAGCAGCUGCCGAAAUCGACAGACGACUGCAAUUGGCGCUGCAAAACUCGGACGAAUCGAUGGACCUUUCUUAAUCGACGACGAAGCAGCAACAUUCGCCACCACCAUCACCGCCACCAAUCACCAUUGUAAUCACCACGGACCGUGCUAACAUAUUAUUAUUAUUAUUUGCUUUAAGUCUAUACAUAUUUAAAAUACUUUUAAAGGUGUUUUAAUUUAAAUUCAAGUCAGUUUUCUCCAUUUCCGUCAUGUCAUAGCACACAGGUAUAUACAAUAUAAUAUACGAAUACAUUUCCA